GUGAAGAGAAAGAUACUCGAUCCUCGAGGCCCUGCCAUCCGCCGGUGGAACAAGAUUUUCUUAUUUACAUGCUUGGUUUCCCUGUUUGUGGACCCUCUCUUCUUUUACUUGCCGUUGGUCCGCAAGGAAGUGUGCAUUGAUAUCGGGAUUCGCCUCGAAGUAGCCCUCACUAUUGUUAGAUCAGUAGCAGACAUCUUUUACAUUAUUCACAUUUUCAUUAGGUUCCGUACAGCUUAUAUUGCUCCUUCCUCUCGUGUGUUUGGGAGAGGAGAGCUUGUUAUCGACACUAAAAAGAUUGCAAGGAGGUAUUUGCGCCAAAACUUCUGGAUUGAAUUAUUUGCUGCUCUGCCUCUUCCUCAGGUGCUGAUUUGGAUGAUUAUCCCGAAUCUCAGCGGCUCAACCAUGACGAACACGAAAAACGUUCUCCGCUUCAUCUUGAUCUUUCAGUAUGUUCCGAGGCUGUUUCUAAUAUUUCCCUUGUCAUCACAAAUUGUCAAGGCCACUGGUGUUGUCACAGAAACAGCAUGGGCUGGGGCUGCCUAUAAUCUCAUCCUCUACAUGCUGGCAAGCCAUGUUUUGGGAGCUUGCUGGUACCUACUGUCAAUAGAAAGACAAGAGGCAUGUUGGAGAAGUGCUUGUGACUUGGAAAAACCAUUUUGUGAAUAUGGAUACUUUGAUUGCCACAAAAUUAAAGGCCUUAAUAGGCAGACUUGGUUCCCAACUACCAAUGCCACAACCUUAUGCAAUCCAAGAAAUAGCUUUUAUCAAUUUGGCAUAUAUGGUGAUGCAGUCACAUACGAUGUAACAAACGCAACUUUCUUCAACAAAUACUUUUACUGUCUUUGGUGGGGCCUCAGAAAUCUGAGUUCCUUGGGACAAAAUCUUUCAACAAGCACAUUCGUUGGAGAAAUCACUUUUGCAAUAAUCAUAGCAACUGUGGGGCUAGUCCUCUUUGCAUUGCUCAUUGGCAAUAUGCAAACAUAUCUUCAAUCGACAACCGUUCGAUUAGAAGAAUGGAGGAUCAAAAGAACCGAUACCGAGCAAUGGAUGCAUCACAGGCAACUACCUCAAGAACUAAGACAAUCAGUGCGAAAGUAUGAUCAGUACAAGUGGGUGGCUACUAGAGGAGUAGAUGAAGAGACACUUCUCAAAGGUUUACCUAUGGAUCUCCGCAGAGAUAUCAAGCGCCAUCUUUGUCUUGACCUUGUUAGACGAGUAAGUUUUUUUCAGUAA